AUGGCCAACUGUGAGCUGUUCUUCAUUAAUCAGCUUAAAUGUACCCUGAAGAAGAAAUAUCAAAGUGUGUUUGAAGGAAUUGCUCAGCAAGGAGACUCCACACUUCUGAAUAACAUCUACACAGAUCUCUAUAUCACUCAGGGUGCGAGUGAACAGGUCAACACUGAACAUGAGAUCAGACAGAUUGAAGCUGCUUCCAGACGUCAUCAGUCACUAGAGAUACAGGUUGAAUGCAAACAUUUGUUUGAAGCAGCUGAACAAGACGAGCAGAUCAGAACUGUCUUGACAAAAGGAGUUGCUGGCAUCGGGAAAUCAGUCUCUGUGCAAAAGUUUGUUCUGGAUUGGGCUGAAGGGAAAGAAAAUCAAGACAUCAGCUUCAUAUUUCCUCUUCCAUUCAGAGAGAUGAACUUAAAGGAGAAAGAAAGACAAAGUUUAAAAGACCUCAUAACUCAGUUUUUCCCAGAGACUGAAGGACUGAACCUUACAAGAAGCACACGAUUCAAAGUCCUGUUCAUCCUUGAUGGAUUGGAUGAAUGUCGUCUUCCUCUGAACUUUGCUGGUAAUGAGACGUGUCAUGAUGUAUCUUCAGCAGUCUCUCUGGAUGUUCUCCUGACGAACCUCAUUAAGGGAAAUCUGCUUCCUUCUGCUCUCAUCUGGAUCACCAGCAGACCAGCAGCUGCCAGUAAGAUUCCUGCUGACUGUAUCGACUGGCUGACAGAGAUACGAGGAUUCAAUGAUGCCCAAAAGGAGGAGUACUUCAAAAAGAGACUCACAGAUCAGAAUCAGGCCAGAGAAAUCAUUGAUCACAUUAAACAGUCAAAGAGUCUCUUUAUUAUGUGCCACAUUCCAGUCUUCUGCUGGAUUUCAGCCACUGUUCUCCAGAACAUACUGAAACUGAAGCACAGGGCUCAUGCUGAAACACUGCAGGAAUCUCCCAAGACUCUGACACAGAUGUACACACACUUUCUCCGCUUUCAGAUCCAGCAGAGCAGAAGAAAGUAUGAUGGAGAAAACACAGCAGAUGUCUCCUGGGAUCCAAAGCUCAUCUUUUCACUGGGGAAACUGGCCUUCCAGCAGCUGGAAAGAAACAAUGUGAUCUUCUAUGAGAGCGAUCUGAAAGACUGUGGCAUUGACGUCUAUAAGGCAUCGGUGUACUCAGGCAUGUGUACCCAGAUCUUUAAGGAGGAGAAAGGAAUCAUUCUUGGUACCAUGUACUGCUUUCUUCACUUAAGCAUUCAGGAGUUCAUUGCAGCCCUUUAUCAACAUCUGAUUCUAGACAGAGAAAAGAAGCAUGGAUUCUUUUCACAUAUAGGCAAAAAUAAAGGCAUGACCGAUUUCCUGAAGACUGCAGUGGACAAGGCUCUGAAAAGUAAAAAUGGACAUCUGGACCUUUACCUUCGCUUCCUUCUCGGUCUGUCACUCCAGUCCAAUCACCAACUCUUACGAGGCCUGUUGACACAGCAGGAUGACAGAGACCAGAGCAAAGAGGAAAUAAUUGCCUACAUCAAGCAGAAACUUGAAGGGAAUCUGUCUCCAGAGAGAUCCAUCAAUCUGUUCUACUGUCUGAAUGAACUGAAUGAUCAAACUCUGCUGAAAGAGAUUCAGUCUCACCUCAGUAGUGGAAGUCUGUCAUCUGUUCGCCUUUCACCUGCCCAGUGGUCUGCUCUGGUCUUUGUGUUGUUGACCUCAGAGGAGGAGCUGGAGGAGUUUGAGCUUCAGAAAUUCCAGAGAUCAGACGAGUGUCUCAUCAGACUAUCAGCAGUCAUCAAAACCUCCAAAAGAGCUCUACUACAGGGCUGUAAUCUCACUGAUCUGUCCUGUGAGAGUUUGUCUUCAGCUCUACAAUCCUCAAACUGUGUGCUGAGAGAGCUGGACCUGAGUAACAAUGACCUGCAGGAUUCAGGAGUGAAGCUUCUCUCUGAUGGACUGAAGAGUCAACACUGUAAACUGGAGAUGCUGAGAUUGGCCAUGUGUAAUCUCACUGUUCAGUGCUGUAAUAGUUUAUCUUCAGCUCUACAAUCCUCAAACUGUGUGCUGAGAGAGCUGGACCUGAGUAACAAUGACCUGCAGGAUUCAGGAGUGAAGCUUCUCUCUGAUGGACUGAAGAGUCAACACUGUAAACUGGAGACAUGCCUCGGUCAGGAGCACGCACAGUCAGCCCUUGAGGGGGGUGGCUGUGUGCAUUGCGAUUCACUUCCUGGUCGAGUGCUGCGAAGUCGCCGCGCUCUGUUUGAUAAAGAGCCGGCGGCAGGUGUGCCUCGCGGCACUGGUCCCGCCCGUGCUGAGGCCGAGCGGCGAUUAAUGGCGUGGGGAUCGCAGCUCGAUCUGGCAGAGGGGAUGGAGACAAGCUCGAGGGCUUCUUCUCCUCCUUCUACUGUGAGAUCGAGGUCCAGUCAGCGCGAGCUAGAAGCCCGUUCAUCGACUUCUUCCUCUCGCGCUGAUGGGCGGCUGCUCCGCCUCCCGGCUUCUGAGGGAGUCGAGAGUAUGGAGGGCCUUCGGGGCCAAAAUGACGUUCCCCCAUUAUGCCCCGAAUAUGAUGAGCUGCCAGAGGUCCUGGCCAAUGCAUACCAGGCGGACCUGCUGAAGGAAGCCCUUGAUAAUGAUGGGGCGGGGCUCGAUACAGUAAGAGAAGUACUUCCGGCCUCGGACCUGUCUCUCCGUGCCACCAAAGAAAUAGCUAGAUCUUUAGGCCGCUCUAUGGCGGCCAUGGUGGUAACGGAGAGACAUUUAUGGCUGAAUCAAGCGGACAUCAAGGAGGAAGAUAAACGAAUUUUCCUUGAUGCUCCCAUUUCGCCCGCGGGUUUGUUCGGCGACUCUGUAGAUCGGGUCGCCAAAUCGUUUGAGCGGGCGAAAAAGAGGUCGGGCUCCUACGGGAGCUUUCUUCGACCAAAAGGGCAUCCUUCUGGGGCUAUGCAGCGGGACCAGCCCCAGCCGUCAACCAGCUCAUCUGCCCGGUAUAGAGCCGAGCAAAAAGAGAGUGUGGCUUCCCGUCAGCCCCCAAAAAGGAAAUGGGGUGGGAAACGCUCUCAAGAGGCAAAGACAGUGACAUACGGUGGUCCGAGGACCAUCGUUGGGGUCUAUCCACCAACCCUCCCACCGUUGGUGCCUCAGGGCGUGGAGACCCCCGGCGAUAUCCACAAACGUUUCAUCCCAAAAGUGGUGACGUUAGUGGACUCGCCCCCUCUACUGAGGGUCCAAGAGCAGUUAAAUCAAGGGCCUUCUGUGGUGAGUUCGCCUCAGUGCCCAGAGUUAGCUACUCAGGGGAACAUAGAGACCAGUCUCGAGGGACUGGUACCCCUGCAGAAAUUUUUGGCAGAGUGGAAACGGCUGCCGAAUGUUUCGCAGUGGGUCCUGCUUACCAUAGAGAAGGGCUACAGAAUUCAGUUUGCUUCACGCCCCUCUCGCUUCAACGGGGUGCUCCAUACCCUAGUGAAGCCAGAGCAGGCUCUAGUGAUGGAACAAGAAAUAGAAUCUCUUCUGAGGAAGAGAGCCAUAGAACAUACCCCUCCUCUAGAAUUCGAGUCAGGGUUUUACAGCCGUUACUUCAUCGUUCCAAAGAAAGAUGGAGGGCUGCGUCCGAUAUUAGAUCUAAGACAGCUAAAUCGCUCCGUACAAACACUGAAGUUCAAAAUGUUGACUAUCAGCACCAUCGUGUCACAAAUACAGUCCGAGGACUGGUUUGUCACGAUAGAUCUGAAGGACGCAUACUUCCACAUCUCCAUCCUUCCAAGUCACAGGAAGUUCCUCAGAUUCGCCUUCGGGGGCAAGGCUUAUCAGUACAGGGUUCUUCCGUUCAGCCUAGCACUCUCACCCCCACAUUUACCAAACUCGUCGACGCGGCUUUGGCUCCGCUGCGGCUACAAGGGAUUCCAAUUCUCAAUUACCUCGACGAUUGGCUCAUUCUAG